GCAGCGAGGAGGAGGAGGAGGAGGCGGGGCCCUUCCACACUCUCAGUGACAGGGAGGGAGGGAGGGAGGGAGGGGGAGGUGGAAGACACCCGAGUGCGCAAUAGGCGACGAGAUCCCUCCAACAUGGCGAUGAGGGAGGAGGGGGAGUCAGCGGCGGGCAAGAGGCCGGAGGAGAGCGGCCGCAACGGCUACGUGAAGAGCUGCGUGAGCCCGCUGCGGCCGGACGGCGGGCUGUCGGUGUGCCGCUGGUGCAGCUGGCAGCGCCUGGGCUUGGCGCGUCGCGGGUUGCCGGCAGCCGGCUGCCGCUGCGGCUGGCUGGGGCUGGGGCUGGGCGGCGGCGGCGGGGCCCUGGCGCUGAUGUUACUCUCUGUGCUGGCCCGCCGCUGCCCCGACUCCCAGCUCGUAUGGUCGUCGCUGCACAGCCUGCAGGCGGCCUGUGCCGCCGCCUUCCAUUCGCUCAGCCCGCUCUUCAGCAUCUGCUGCGCCUUCUUCUGGCUCACGUUCUACCUGAGGAAGAGCCGGAGGGACAGCAGCACGGCGUGGCUGCUGGCACUGCCACCAUGUUGCUACCUCGGGGACUUUGUGGUGGUGCAGGUGGUGCUGGGCGAGGAGCGGCUGCUUCUCUGCAGGUUGCUGGCCCCGGCCGCCGUGCUGGGCUGCGUGGGAUUGUUGACACUACUCUCCACUCUGAAAGUGAAGCAGAGCGUCCUGAUCCUGCUCUUCUCCAGCGUGGUUCGCCUGGCCUCCAUCACCAGCCUGCUCGCCCUGCCUGCUGCCCUGCGACCUCUCUUGGCCUGUGGCGUCGGCAUGCUGGGCGCCGUGGUGGCCGUCUACUUCGAUCACUUGUUUCCUCGGGAAACCCGUCGCAGGACUGCCCCAGAAGAAAAGAUACCGGUGAUCAAACCCCGCAGGAGGUCGAGCUGUGCCUCUUUGGGAGAAACAUCAACCAACUAUUACGGUGGUAGCAAGAUGCCCCGGAGGACGUCUCUGCCUUGCAUAUCGAGAGAGCAGAUGAUCCUAUGGGACUGGGACCUAAAGCAGUGGUUCAGAAGUUAUCAAUAUCAGAAUUCUAGCAGUGGGUGUGGUGUGGAUCUCGCUGUUAUGGGUGAGGCACAGAGCUUGGUUACAGACCUACUUGCUGACCCUUCAGUCCCAUCUAAUAUGGCCUCAUCACUGCGAACUAUCAACAGCCUAAUCGUAUCCCAGCUCACAUACUCGAAUACACACCGACCACGAGUGAACCCCCUUACAUCAUUCUCCGAUUCUUACACCUGUUCAGAAAUGGAGGAUUCAUCAGAUAAAGGGGAAAGAAUGUUUCCAAAGCGUUUGAGAAGAAGUUUACCGACUGGACAGCUAAGAAGGAAUACAGGAACAUGGACAACUACCACAUCAGCAACUGGCUUGCCAACAAUGGAGCCUGCUCCUUUGAGGUGGGAUCGGAACAAUAGCAUGAAACUGCACCUAGAGAGUGGGUCAGUGAGUGGUUUAGGUAUAGGUUCACAAGCAAAUGGACCUUCCAGUUCAAACUUGUUGACGAUUCCCAAAUCUCGAUCUGCAUCCUUAUCUUUAACAUCUCACCACAUUGGACCCAGACGAGCAGGUACCUCUCCUAGUCUCAGUCCUGUGAAUUCCCCAAAUCAUGGACCAGGAGCAGUUACAAGUUUUAACCGGUCACCAGUAGAAUUUCCUGAUACAGCUGAUAUUUUGACCAAACCCACUGUGAUUCUCCAUAAGCCAAUUGGAUACAUGCUUAGUUCUCCAGACUUUCAACAAUCAGUUAGAAGCUCAAUACUCUGCAGCAGUUGUGGCCGAUAUGUGGCUCGACCUGUUCAAAAUACCGAUUUGCAAACUGUUGCAGAAUCACCACAUGUCAAGAGAACAGAUGGAAAUAAUGAAAAUGCUGCUGGUAGCAAUGAAUCAAAACGCUCAAAAGAUACAGUGGGAGCAGAAGGUGAUGAGCAACUCGAAAACAAAGCAUCCAAGAACUUUACAAAUCAUGAUGAUCAGCUCAUUGAGGGACAGAAUAAUAAAUCUGGGCAGGAGCCAGACAUUUUGGUUGACCCAACAGAUACACAAAGCACAGGGCGGUGCAUGGAUAAGCUAAAUAGUUGGAAUUUUCCCAUUUUUGAACUUGUGGAAAUGACAGGAGGACAAUCUGGAAGAAUACUUAGUCAGGUCAUUUAUUCCCUGUUUCUUGAUACUGGCUUAUUUGACCUUUUCAAAAUCCCUGUUCGGGAGUUUAUUAACUAUUUUAGUGCACUGGAGAAUGGUUAUCGUGACAUUCCUUAUCACAACCGAGUCCAUGCCACUGACGUGCUUCAUGCUGUUUGGUACUUAACAACAAGACCCAUUCCUGGAUUCCAGCAAAUAAACAGUGAUCAUGUCACAGGAAGUGACACAGAUUCUGACAGUGGAAUAUCUCCAGGCCGGAUUGCCUAUAUAUUUUCCAGAAGUUGUACUAUUACUGACGACAGCUACAGUUGCCUCGCAUCAAACAUCCCAGCUCUGGAGUUGAUGGCACUUUAUGUUGCAGCUGCCAUGCAUGAUUAUGAUCAUCCUGGGCGUACCAAUGCAUUCUUAGUGGCAACAAAUGCACCUCAAGCUGUCCUGUACAAUGACAGAUCUGUCUUGGAGAAUCAUCAUUCUGCUGCCGCAUGGAACCUAUUUAUGUCUCGUUCGGAGUUCAACUUCUUGGCAAAUCUAGAUCAUGUUGAGUUCAAACGGUUUCGUUUCUUGGUGAUUGAAGCAAUUUUGGCAACUGAUCUGAAAAAACAUUUUGACUUCCUUGCCGAGUUUAACUCCAAGAUAAAUGAAGUUAACAAUGCAGGAAUCGAUUGGACCAAUGAGAAUGAUCGUUUAUUAGUGUGCCAGGUGUGCAUUAAACUGGCUGAUAUCAACGGUCCCGCCAAGAGAAGGGAACUGCAUCUACAAUGGACAGAAGGCAUUGUCAACGAAUUCUAUGAACAGGGUGAUGAAGAGGCAAGCCUUGGGUUACCGAUUAGCCCUUUUAUGGACCGCUCUUCACCGCAGCUGGCAAGGCUGCAGGAAUCUUUUAUAACACAUAUUGUAGGGCCUCUGUGUAACUCGUAUGAGGCCGCAGGAUUACUGCCAGGUCAGUGGGUGGAUGAAGAGGAUAUUGAUCCAGAAUGCGGCGAGGAUGAUGAUGAUGAUGAGGAUAUGGAAGAUUUCGAAUCUGAAGAUGAAAUUGAUGAUGACGAUCUUGAUCUCCAAAGAAGACAUAGGAGGAAGAGGAAACGGAGACAGAGAGUUUUUUGCCAGAUUAUGCACCACCUAACUGAGAAUCAUAAACUGUGGAAGAAAGUAAUAGAAGAUGAGGAGCAUGAACAGCAACGCAAGUCAGAGCUAAAUCUGCAACAGACAGAUAGUUCAUCCUUACCUCAAACUUCGGAUGACAUCCAGGUAAUUGAAGAAGCGGAUGAGGAGGAAGAGAAGCAACAAGCGGAGGAGCAGUAGUGCUGAGAAGAUACAAUGCUAAAUAAAUAACAUAGUGCUGACAUUAGAAACUGUUGUACUAUGUUAAAAGGCCUUAUUACUGUGAGAGGGUUCUGGCACUCACCAGGAUCCCAGUCCUAUGCACUUUUGCCCAUGGAAAGGUUUGAGUUUGUAUACCAUGAAUCAAAGCCCAUUGUGCCAUUUGGUGUCCAGAUGUUUUCGUUCUGAUGCUGCCUUGCAGAAUAAAGAGGUGCUCAGUUUCCAUGCGGUACUGGAGGAUGUUGCAAAAACUUCAGCUUAGCAACUGCUGUUACCAAAGUGAACUGAAAGUUUACCAUUUUCCGUUAUUAAGGAGGAAGGUGGAUUUUAAGCAUGUAUCACAUGUCGGGUGGACUUGAAAUCUGCAGGUUGUACCUGUCGGAGGUCAGAAUGGAGUACUGCGGUAAAGAGCCUGUUAUAAGGACCCUUGUUUUUGUUUCUCUCUAAAAUAAUCUGAUUUAAUGCAGGUAACAGAUAUCAAAUCCUUGUCUCAUUAUAUGACUGAAAGAAAUGUUAGAGUGACUGAAAAAUCAAGCUGCAUCAUUUUUCUGAUGUCUUUUAAUGUUGUGUACAAAUUGUCUUGUUUGGUUUUUGUGCUGGAAGUACUCAGAAAUGUGCAGUGGCCAAGCGUUUCAGUUUGCUCAAACUUCACCGUAUCAUUGUUCUGUGAUAGAACACAGGGGUGAUAUUAAUGAUGAAGGGAUUCCCUUUAAUGGUAUAUUGGUUUUUUUCACUGCAACUCAGGAUCCAUGCAAAGCUACGAGAAGCAAUGCCAUUGGGGGGGACGGUGGGGAAGUCAAUUGACAAGUAAAAACCUUAAUCCAUUUUUAGUUGGAAAGUUAAAUUGACCUUUCAAGUCAUGUAUCAUAAACAAGCUUCCUCACUUAUGUAUCUGCAUUGCUAGUAAUACAAGUUGGUUAUUGCACAUCAUCAUGCUGAAAGGCUGCUGUGUAUUGCAGUCAGUAUACUAUGGAAAUAGUAUAAUUGCCAUAUGGUUUCAGUAUGAUGGAAUAUGGCAUAUUGUAUAAUAUGUGGUUCCACUAUUUUCCACAAUAUAAAUUCUAGACAUUCCACAAGGGCAUCGUACUGCUCCGAUGUAUUUAUCUGCAAACUCAUCCAGUGUAAAGGUGGUUGCAAAAAAAUGCAUGUACAGCUCUUACACAAUAUUUGUAAAUUAGUUUAGGCUGCGGGUAUGUAACUUUCUUAUGCAGACUGUACAAAAUAGUUACCAACAGUUGUGCACCUUUUUUUCAUACCAAACAGAUGUUUUCAAUUAUGCACAGAUAACUACAUUAUAAAAAAAAUCAUCUGAAAUCUUUGUAUUAAUGGAUUGUAUCAGAAUGCAUUUGUACAUAUUGAGCAGUUGAUACAAUUAUAGAGACAGUAAUUUCCUUAAGAUGGUUGGAAACUUUACCCAUCACCAUUAGCAAGCAGAUGACCUGUAACACUGACAAAAAAUUGUAUUGUUUCUUAAUUUCUGCAACAAUAGUUUGUGUGCCUUUUUACAGCCACCUACAAUAUUAAUACCCUCUACUUCAAAUUUGCUACAAGGUCAUGCUGAACUGUGUCCUCUUAAAUCAGAAUUCUUAAAUUUGUACACCGCUAAUAAGCAUAUGAUGUAUCAGGCUAACUUCUCAGCGACUGAUGCAGGCAAAGGCGAAGGGACUAUAUGGUAGUUGACUGACAAAAUAAGAAAAUAGUGAAUCAGAAUGGAUGCUCCAACCAAAUCUUGUGUUAGCUAUGCACUAAAUGCUAAAAGUUGAACACCUCAUCACAGCACAUUCUGUAUGUAAUUUAUUCCAUUAAAAAACUCAUGAUUUUUAUGUCUGUAUGUAUGUGUAUAUUUUGAUAUAUGCAUAUAUAUACAGUUUGAUGGUUACUGUCCAUUUUGUCUUAAUUGUAUUUAAAUACUUUAAAAAAUGUGAC